AUGAAGUUACUCUCUUGGAACAUUAGAGGGUUGGGAAAUCCGGAGAAAAGAAGGAAAUUAAAGGAGCUUCUUAGAGCAAGAAAAGUAGAUAUUGUUUUAAUUCAGGAGACCAAGAAGGCAGAGAUUUCAGAAUCAUUUGUUAGAUCCUUAUGGCCUGGGGACCAAAUGGAGUUCAUGGCUGUUGACGCAGUAGGGAAUGCAGGUGGGCUGUUGUGUAUUUGGAAACCUGAGGUUUUCUCUUUGUCAGAUUGUUGUUGCAGCAAGAAUUUCAUUUUGCUCUCAGGUAUCACUUCUCUAAACUUUAGCUGUAUUAUUGUCAAUGUUUACGCUUCUAAUGAUUUGCUGAAAAGGAGGAGACUGUGGGAACUAUUAUGCACUCUUAGAACCACUUUCACUCAUCCUUGGUGUAUUGGGGGUGAUUUCAAUGAAGUCAAAAGUAUAGGGGAAAGGAAGGGUUGUGUUAGAAGGGAUGUGGGGAUGAAGGACUUGGGCAAUUUUAUUGACAAAAUUGGAGGGGUAGACUUACCAAUGCUGGGCAGACGAUACACCUGGGGUAGUUCUCAGGAUGGUGAUAGGUGGAGCAGAAUUGAUAGGUUCAUUUUAAAUCCUGAGUGGCUUGAAUCUUUUAGGUUCAAACUUUGGGGUUUGCCUAGAUCCUUGUCUGAUCACUGUCCUCUGUUGCUAAUGGAGGAUGAGAGGGUUUGGGGUCCUAAACCCUUUAGAUUUAUAAACUCUUGGGCGAUGCACACCAGCUUUUAUCAUACAGUGAAGCAAAACUGGGAGCACUUAAAUUUGGAGGGCUGGGCAGGUUACAUCCUCAAGAAGAAGCUCCAAGCUCUUAAAUUGUGUCUGACAAAAUGGAAUAAGGAGGUAUUUGGUAACAUCAAGGAAAAUCUCCAGGAGAAGGAAGCUGAACUUCACUAA